AUGGCGGAAGGUGGCCAGCCGCAGCAGCAGCCGCUACAGCGGCCCGGCGCCGCCGCCCGGGGCAUGAAGCGGGAGUCGGAGCUGGAGCUGCCGGUGCCCUGAGCGGGAGCAGGCGGGCCCGAGCCCGGCCUGAGCAAGCAGCCGCGCACCGAGGAGGCGGCCGAUGGCGGGAUGCAGAACGAGCCACUGACCCCGGGUUAUCAUGGAUUCCCAGCACGGGACGGCCAGGGUAACCAGGAGCCAACAACAACUCCUGACGCAAUGGUUCAGCCUUUUACCACCAUCCCGUUCCCACCACCUCCACAGAACGGAAUUCCCACAGAAUACGGAGUGCCCCACACUCAGGACUAUGCCGGUCAGACCAGUGAACAUAACCUGACACUCUACGGGAGUACGCAGCCCCACGGGGAGCAGAGUAGCAAUUCACCCAGCAACCAGAAUGGAUCUCUCACUCAGACAGAAGGUGGAGCACAGACAGAUGGACAGCAGUCACAGACACAAAGUAGUGAAAAUUCAGAGAGUAAAUCCACACCCAAGCGACUCCAUGUCUCUAAUAUUCCCUUCCGCUUCCGGGACCCUGAUCUCCGGCAGAUGUUUGGGCAGUUUGGCAAAAUCCUACAUGUGGAAAUAAUCUUUAAUGAGCGCAGCUCCAAGGGAUUCGGGUUCGUAACUUUCGAGAACAGUGCUGAUGCAGACAGGGCCAGGGAGAAAUUGCACGGCACCGUGGUAGAGGGCCGUAAAAUCGAGGUGAAUAAUGCUACAGCGCGAGUCAUGACCAACAAGAAGAUGGUCACGCCAUAUGCAAAUGGCUGGAAGUUAAGCCCAGUAGUUGGAGCUGUGUAUGGCUCUGAGUUAUAUGCAGCAUCCAGCUUUCAAGCUGAUGUGUCCCUAGGCAAUGAGGUGGCUGUGCCCUUGUCAGGAAGAGGAGGCAUCAACACUUACAUUCGUCUAAUCAGUCUCCCUUUAGUUCCUGGCUUCCCUUACCCAACUGCAGCCACCACGGCAGCCGCUUUCAGAGGAGCCCAUCUGAGGGGCCGAGGGCGGACAGUGUAUGGUGCAGUUCGAGCGGCGCCUCCAACAGCCAUCCCGGCCUAUCCAGGGGGUGGAUAUGCAGCCUACAGAUAUGCACAGCCUGCUACUGCAACCGCAGCCACAGCUGCUGCCGCCGCUGCAGCCGCUUACAGCGACCCCUACCACGCCCUCGCCCCUGCCGCCAGUUAUGGAGUUGGCGCUGUGGCGAGUUUGUACCGAGGUGGCUACAGCCGAUUUGCCCCCUACUGAAGUGACGUGAGACCCCUGCAAAUGGGACAGCCCCCAGUUCAUGAGGCCUGGCUAUUGCAAUAUUUACUAGUAGAGGACUCUAUAGCAAGAUGAAGAGGAAAACAAACAAACAAAAAAGAGAGAAUACUUUUUUAUACCUCACUAUGUUCUUUGAAUAUGUAUUUUCCUUUAAAUUUCUGCCUUUAAUUCUUUUGUUCCAAAGA